AAUUAACGAAGUGAGGUGAAUCAGCGCCAUAGUGGGGAAACUUCGAGAGGGAAAUGCUGGAGGACCUGAGGCGAGUCUAGCAGGCUCUAGUUUGAGGAAGAGAUGGCACUUACAGAGCUUACCUCCUCUGCUGUACGGAUAUAUGACGAGUGGAUGAAGGUUGCAGACCCAAGGACAGAAGACUGGCUGCUUAUGUCGUCUCCACUGCCUCAGACCAUUAUAAUCGCCUCCUAUAUAUACUUUGUGAUGUCGCUGGGGCCCAGGCUAAUGGAGAACAGGAAAUCGUUUGAUCUGAAGAGGGUCCUCGUAGUCUACAACUUCAGUGUGGUGGCCCUUUCUCUCUACAUGUCUUAUGAGUUUGUAAUGUCUGGCUGGGGCACGGGCUACUCUUUUGGUUGUGACUUGGUGGAUUACUCACGAUCUCCACAGGCUAUGAGGAUGGCAAGCACCUGCUGGCUGUAUUACUUUUCCAAAUUUAUAGAGUUGUUGGACACAGUGUUCUUUGUGCUGAGGAAAAAGAACAACCAGAUCACCUUCCUGCAUGUCUACCAUCACUCCAUAAUGCCAUAUACCUGGUGGUUAGGGGUAAAGUUUGCUCCAGGUGGUCUGGGGACUUUUCAUGCCUUUCUGAACUGUAUUGUCCAUGUCAUCAUGUAUACCUACUAUGGCCUUUCUGCUUUGGGUCCUGCCUAUCAGAAGUUUCUGUGGUGGAAGAAGCACCUCACAUCUGUACAACUACUCCAGUUUGUGAUCGUCACCUGUCACAUUGGCCAGUACUUCUUCAUGAAGGAUUGCCCCUACCCGUACCCUGUCUUUAUCUACAUCAUUGCUAUCUAUGGUGUGGUAUUUCUCCUCCUCUUCCUCAACUUCUGGUAUCACGCAUACACCAAAGGCAAGAGGCUCCCCAAAGGUCUUCAUACCGCAGGCCAAGUGCAGAACAAUAACAAUGGAGUUCACCACGGCAAACGGGACUAGCUGGUCUUUCUGAGGAACACUCAAAUGGCAAUCCUUCUAGCAUGGAGUUCUCCCUGGGUCUGCUGUUCAUUGGCAUACUGUGCACUGACUUUUAUAUCAGAUAUUUAUAUUUAUGUAAGAUGUUUCAUAGGGCUAAGACAAAUUUGUCACAUGGUACUGUCAGUUUUGGGUAUGUCUAGACAGCAGGUGCUAUACUAAGAACUGAGAUAAAACACCGAUCAGAUGUGAUGUGUAUCAUACAUUUGGACUGAGGAAUCGUGUUUGACUGCCUGUCUAAAUGUAGCCUCACAUAAUAGCUGAAGAAAACUCUUCUCUUUUCUUUAACUAUUGAGCUAUACCUCGUAAUGAUUAUGACUUUUCUGCUGCCUGUUGGCACAGUGUUCAUGUACUGUACUUAAAUGCAGGGAGGAGACAAACUCUUCCUCAGCAUCUCGCACCGGUAGGACCUUCCCACCAAGCCUGUGGAUUCCUGGAGCUUCAGCUUUAACUGGCGAGUCUCUUUUCUUUUUUUUUUUUUUGAUUGGCUAAAUGUUUUAAUUUGUUUAGUUGUUUAUGCUUUUUUACGUAAAAUUAAAUUUACCAAAUUAAAGUGUCAGAAGCUGUUAAAAGAAUUGUUACAUAUUAAAUUUCCCACACCUUGUAGUGCCUUAACUGUUUUCUCUCCUGCAUUUCCCAGCCUUCCCAUCAACUUUAACAUGGUUAUAUACCAUAUAGCAACUGUACUGGCUUUAAUUUUCUACACCAG